CCGCCUGGACACACACACACACACACACCCACACACACCCACACACACCCUGGUGGGAUUGUUUUCACUUUGGAAGGACGUGUUCUUUAUUUGCACCCAGGACUCGUUUGCAGAGGACAUCCAGACCCACACCCACGCACAGGAUGCUGUCGUCCUUCAAACCCCCGCUGCUGCUGCUGCUGCUGUCCGCGCUGUGCACGCCGUCCUCCAGCCUCUGUCCCCGCUUGUCCCGCGGACGUUUUUCCCUCCUGUGUGACCGCCAGAUGGCCGUCGGCUUCCGGGGCGACGACGACGACCUGGCCGGAUACGCCGUGGAGGACGAGGGCUGGGGGUCCCUCCUGCAGUCGGCGGAGCUCCUCUCGUCUUCCCCGGAGUCAGAGAGUCGGGAGAAAAGAACUUACAACGCGGCCAAGUCGCGCUUCCAGAGUCGGGCGAAGCUGCGGGGGCCUCUACUGCGCAGCCGCGGCAAAGCGGCGCGCAGGAGCCGGCUGACUUUGUCCUUGGACGUGCCGACCAACAUCAUGAACGUCCUCUUCGACGUGGCCAAAGCCCACAACAUGCGCGCAAAGGCGGCAGAGAACGCUCGUCUACUCGCUCAGAUCGGCCGGAGGAAGUAGAAUAACUUUUUUUUUUUUCUUUAAAGAAACUUUAUUUGCGUCAACAACUUCUUCUACUCUUGUUUAGUUUUGUUUUUUUUAACUUUAUUUCAACAACAAUAAUCAUCCCCAUAUUAUUUUACCAUACCAUACCAACUUUAUUUAUAAAGCCCUUUAAAAACAACCACAGUUGAAAAACAAAGGGCUGUACACCACAAAGAAAUAAAGGCAAAGGACAGACUAAAAAAUAAAAUUUAAAACAGAAGUAAAAUACACAUUAAAAAAGCAAAUACAAAAUUACCCUAAGAACAAUUUUGUUAGAUAAAAAGCAGUUAAAAAAGUUAAAAGUUAAAAACAGUUUAAAGUCUCAUGCUGGGUUAAAAGCCAGUGAAUAAAAAUGGGUUUUAAGAAGGGUCUUAAAAAUAGCCAAAGAAGGGGCCUGUCUCACAUGAAGUGGAAGAUCAUUCCAGAGUUUUGGGCCCGCAACAGAGAAGGCUCUGUCCCCCCUGAGCUUACGCUUGGAUUUGGGUACCUCCAGGAUCAGCUGAUCAGCUGACCUGAGGGACCGGGUGGGGGCAUAGAGGUGGAGCAGCUCAGAGAGGUAAGGUGGGGCAAGACCAUGUAAGGAUUUAAAAACAAGUAAGAUAAUUUUAAAAUGGACUCUAAAAGACACAGGCAGCCAGUGGAGGGAGGCUAAAACAGGAGUAAUGUGCUCUCUUUUUCUUGUGUUUGUUAAAAGUCGGGCAGCUGCAUUUUGGACCAGCUGCAGACGUGAGAGGGAGGACUGACUAAUUCCAAAAUAUAAAGCGUUACAGUAAUCCAGCCGCUUCUUUUCAUUGAAGUUUAAGAAGUUUAGGGCCAUCCAGGCCUUGAUGUCAUCAAGACAAGCAAGUAAUGGCUGUAUUGAAGAGGCAUGAUUUUUCUUUAACGGAAAAUAAAUUUGUGUGUCAUCAGCGUAACAAUGAAAACAAAUACCAUGCUUUCUUAGGAUUGAGCCCAGGGGAAGUAAAUAAAUAGAAAAGAGCAGUGGUCCUAAAACUGAGCCCUGUGGGACCCCACAUGUUAAGGGAGCAACAGAAGAUUCAGAACCAGCAACAUUUACAGAGAAGGUCCUGUUAGUCAAAUAUGACUUCAGCCAACUCAGGGCAGUACCACAGAUGCCCACUUGAUGUUGUAGGCGGCUAAUUAAAAUAUUAUGGUCCACCGUAUCAAAUGCUGCUGUUAGAUCGAGUAAAACUAAAAUCACAUGCAUUAUUUCAUCAUUAUUACUACCAAUAAUCUCCAAGUAUUAUGUUUUAAUGUAUUCCAACAACAAUCUCGUAGUAUUAUUCAUUAGAUUUUUACUUCCACACGCCUCACUUUGAGAAGUUGUCAAAGGGUCAAAGGUCACCGCUCCAUCAAGACAAUAAACGAAAA